AUGGUGCAUCGUGAAAGAAAGUUGAGACUCUUACCAAUGCUUACGGUGAAGAACGAGCUGAAUCUGCAGACAGAGGAGACGAUAGGCUCGAUGGAAGAAGAAGAAGAUAAGAGGAAGAAUCAAAGAAGAACAGAAGAAGAAGAAGAAUCGGCGAAGAGAAGAAGAUACGAAGAAGAGGAGACGGUGGCCAGUGGUGAAGACAUCGAUUUAGGAUUUUUUUGUUCACCGUUCGUUUCGACUAUACCGAACCAAACCGAAAUGAUAAUCGAAUACAGUUAA